AUCGGGUUUGUGGAAACCAUUUCGGAUGGCAGUGAAUGUCAAGUUAUUCUCUACUUUUCCACUGGCAUUUCUCAUGUAACAGCCCCCCAGAUACAUAUCUCGUCAUUUUGGUGUGGAUGUGGAACAUUUUCAAGUAAGAUCUAAGACACCAUCUAAGAUUGAAUUUACAUACAUUGGAAGAUGAACCAAGACAUUGUGAUGAGGGAUCAGAUUCAAGGAACUGAGCCAAAUCAGCAUCAUCAUCAACAACAACAAGAGGUUUACAACAUGGAUUUUUCUGAGUUAAAGACCAUUUCAUACGACACAACAGUGCAUCAGCCUCCGGUUUAUAGCCAUGACAGUGCAGUGCAAUUGAUGUCCAUGUCCAGCAUGAACCCACCUACUGAGGAACCUAGCCUAAAUGCUUCAGGCUGCUCUGCACUUGGACCUCAAUCAGGGUUUGUGUUAGAACCGAGUAUCCCCUCCCAGAAUUCUGGAUUGCCAGUCACUGGCGGAGACAUGACUGCCCCAGGCUGUGAGAAAACCUUCACUCAGUCAUUGCCUGUCAACUCAACCGACUUAACAACAAAAGCAUCCAUGAGUGGGGAAACAGGCCCAAGAAAAGAAUUUUUGACUUCAUCCUGGGAUGAGUUUCAGGGUGUCAAUGGGAAUACAGUUGCUGGUUCAGGAGGUACAGUAACAGAAUCAAAGGUAGCAUCCCUGAACAGGAGCAUGGACGGAAGAUUAACUGAAGAUGCAAUGGGCAGUUUUUUAUCUGCACUGCAGUCAGCUCUGUCCCCUGGUGUUCCAGACUUGUCUACAAUUUCAACAAAAAGUCUGAGACCCUCCACAUUGGACUACCCUGAUGGGCUCUGUAAUUUGCAACUGUUGACUUACACAUCUGGAGAGGGCAUCCCAAAUGUCAAGCUGGUAACAGUAACAGAUGCCAUUUUGAUAUCAGUACAGUUUAAAUGUAGACUUUGUGGGAAAUCGUUUACAUCCCCUGAGGCACUCUCAUCUCACAGUAGGUGCCAUACUUCAGAUACUCAACCAGGGGAUUUAGGAAAACCUGCUGGAAACCUCCCCCAUGGUAGACCACCAAUCAGUAGACAGAUCCGGGAACUAGUGGAUGGUAUGGUGCCUCAAGCGUUCCAUUCUGUGAAUGCAGAAGGUCCAUGUGAAGGAAAGCAUAGCCAAGAAGGUGUAGAGGCCGAGGCUGCUGGAAUAAACUCUGACUUGAAUGAUACAGAGAAUCCAACAGGACGCCAACGCCAUUGUCAUAUCUGUAACAAAAUGUUCCCUAAAGAUGAGCUUUGGCGGCAUUUCUCAGAAACACACCUGGAUUGUAAGGAGUGUCAGUGUUUUGUGUGUGGUAAGAAGAUGAGGACAGACAAGGAUCUACUGAGGCAUAUGAUGUCCUUUCACACAGGCCUGAAGGAAGAAACUGUUUACCGAUGUGCAGUUUGUGAUAGAAAUUUUGCUUCUGAACCCUUCUUGUUAAACCACAUGCUACAGAUACAUCCAGACAAAGGGGACUUAGCAUUAGCAAAAUCUGACACAAAACAUUGUGGUUCUGCUGAAAAAUUUUUAAAAUCAUCCUGUGCAAAUUGUGAAGGGACAGGGGUGAUUUCCAGUGGGAAGCAUUCUUGUCGAAUAUGUAAGAAAGCACUCGGUGAUUCUCGUAUGCUGCAGAAACACAUGUCGGAGCAUUCAGAACAGACAAUGUGCACUGUAUGCCAUAAAUUGAUUUUCCUCAAGUCUCUGCCUAAGCACAUGAUGCUCCACACCAAACCCAAGGCGUGGGAGUGCACCCAGUGUGACCGUGCUUACAGGGACAAGUGCGAUCUGAGGAAGCACAUGCGUAUCCACACUGGAGAGAAACCUUACACAUGUGAAAUCUGUAAUAAGUCAUUCGCGCACAGCAGCCAGUUGCCGCGCCAUCUACGUACACACAGCGGAGAGAAGCCAUACCAGUGUUCACUGUGUCAGAAGGUCUUCUCCAGGAAGUUUGGUUUGCAGCAGCAUAUGAGUCGCCAUGCUGUUGGGAAAGCAUUCAAGUGCAGUGAUUGUGGCAAAGAGUUUCGCGACCACAAAGGGUUAAAGAAACACAGCUUGAAACACAACCAUAUGCCGGAGCAGGCUGAUGUCAGCGCUAACGAAUCAGCUGGGCAUUAAAGCUCUCCAAAAAUCUGCAAUUUUUGCGUGUUCUUGUUUGCUUUCUGAGCUUGAAUAAAGAAUUGCAUAAAAUGCUACU